CCUAAUUCAGCAGACGGCACUUCACAGAAAUUUUCGAAUUCAAAUUUUAAGUUCUUAGAACUGAAUAUUUUUCGUCAUUGGAAAGAACCGGAAAAUUUAACAAGAAUUAUUCGAAAACGUUAAUAGAAAGAAAAAAAUGGAAAUUAUAGUGGAAAUUCUUAACAAAAUAUCCACGAAAUUGAAUUCAAACAACAAAUAUACAAGAAUUCUCGGCAAAGUGGAAGAGAAAUGUGGCUGCAAUAGAUUUUACAUCGUCGCCUGUUUAAUGAUUAUCGUUGCUGGAUACACCGCGGUGGGCUAUGGAAAUGAAAUUGUCUGCACUGUCACGUCGACCGUAUAUCCCAUUUGCGCUUCAAUGGAUGCGAUGCAAAGAGGAACAUCGCGAGAUAUAGAAAUUAUGACGGUUUAUUGGAUGAUAUUUACAUUAAUUAAUCUAUUUGAAAUUUUAUUUGAUGCCAUAGUGGCUUGGAUCCCUUGUUAUUGGAUGCUGAAGAUGUUAUUUCUGAUUUUCUGCUAUGCUCCGCUUUCUAAUAAUAUUUCGUUAUUUUUUUAUCGAAACAUUUUGCGUGGACCGAUAACAAGUGUUUUAGUAGAGCAGUGCAAUGGUGCCGAACCAUCGAUAAAAUCAACCGAAAUGGAAACAGGCGGUUAUACACAAGAAGAUUGUGAUGUUAAAAAUUCCGAUCAGGAGGACUAUUUUUAAGUAGUUAAUGCUAGGAAAUAGGGGGUGUGAUGUAUUUAAAUUGAAUAUUUAGUUAUUCAUACUUCAACUUCAGUAUGUGUUUUACAGAAUUAUUUUUUCAAUAUGCAAGUAAUAUAUAUCUCUGUAAGUACUUAAAUUAUUUAAUGGAUAUGUUAAUCGUCUAGUGUUAUAUUAUGUAAAAUAGCUGUCCUAAAUGGAGAAAUAAAUUGCCAACAAUCAAGUUUGGCUCGAAA